GUUUGGGAGCGAAUGGUUUUAUAAACAAUAAACAGAAAACAAAAAUUAUUUGUUGAAACAGGAAAUUAUUAGAAAAUGGUUGAUUUAGGAGGUGGUCAAGAUGGUCCCAUUGAACAUGGAUUUUCUAACACAGUUUUCAUCAUACCCGGAAUCAUCUUUGUGUCUUUAUCAGUGUUCUUUGGUUAUAAACUGUACAAGUCAUUAGUGGAGAGAGAAAGGAAGAGACAGGAAAAGAAACUGCAGAAACAGCAUAAAAAGAAAAAAUAGUUCCAUGUUCUUUGAGAGUAUGCAUUCACAAUCAUUCCACUUUACUAUACUUGGGAUCAAGCAUUUUUUUGAAUAAUACUUCCAUCAGGUGACUGUAUGGGGGUUGUAGUAAUUGCACAACUCAAGUAAGUGUUUUGUGAAAACGAUGAACAAAUUUUGAGUCAUUUAUGUUAUUAAGUACUACUUUAAUACGUAGCAGUAUAAUAGGCACGUAUAUUUGACUAAAGAAUUUAUUUGAUAUGGCUAGACAUUGACUUCCGCUGUGAUUUUUUUCCAGGGGAGGGCGAUAACUAUAGCAAAUCUUAAAAUCUCAAAAAUACCUUAGAAAACCACAAAUUUUAGAGGAUACCCUGCGGGGUCCCAUAGAGCUACAGAUAUUGAACUGGAUUUUAGGUACUGGUUGAUGCCAUAUUAAAUGAGAUCAAUGCCACCACAUACAUAAUCAGUAAUGUAUUUUAUGGGUGAAGUUGAGGAAGUCAAAAGUUAUUCGUUACUUGUCUCUUAAUGGGUACAAUCUAGUCUAAUACGAGGGCCACGCUAUAUAUUUUGAGAUAAGAAUAUUAAAAACUAUUUUCCGAAAACUAGUUUGUUUACGUUCACAGUAGUCUCCUCCAGCAUCAAUGAACUUCUGUAGCCUUACCUUCCACAAACUGAUUCAUUGCUUGAUAGACUUCCUCUUCCUACGAAAAUUUUCGACCACGCAGAUUUUUUUUUCAAUUUGUUGAAGAGCCAGAGGUUACACAUUUCCUAAUGUGGCGAAUAAGGCGGAUGUUUUAGCAUUUUGAUGUAGCGCUGGCGUAAAAAGUCUACACUUAGUUGGGCAGUGUGGCUAGAGGCAUUGUCGUGAUGCAGGAUUGCACCUUUGCAACAACUUUUUUUGAAUGAAGAUAAUCAUGCAACACGGUGUGCACUAUUGCGGAUGCUACCCCAAGAGUUGCCUCUAUAAUCGCAUAUGUGCAGCGAGAAUCUUCUUCAAUUAGCCGCUGAACUUUAGCAAUGUCUUCUGGAGUCACGCUAGAACAUGGCCUACCACUACGUUCUUCAUCAGCCAACGAAGCACACCCUCUUUUAAAUCGGCAUACCAGCGAAACACACUUGCCCGGGUAGGAGCUGCAUUACCAAAUGCCUGUUGCAACCGUUCGAUACAUUGAUGUUCAGUUAAAUCGACUUUAAAGUCAUAGUAAACCAUUGCGCGUUAACUCUCUCGGGACAACUCCUUGUUUCGCCUUGAAUUUGUUUACACCACGUGCACUGUAAGACGCUUGUAAGUGCACUGAAUGCGGCGACUUACUAAUGAAGGACUGCUCUUUCUAAUAGUGCACUGUUACCAGUUUUAACUAGUAUAGUUAAUGCGAAUCGUAAAAUAUACAGCGUGCGCCUCGUUUACCUCAUUAUCUUUGAUGGAAUACUUCUUUUGGUCAAUGUACUUAUGGCUUUGCGACGAGAUACUUUGCAACAAUAGUUGUUCAUCUUCUGAACCCCCUUUUGUUUACUUACGAAAUAAACAAGUCAUGAUCGCACAAAUAAGCUCAGCCUAGCCGUCUAGCAUUAUUUAUGAGCAUAUUCUUUGAAUGACAUCAGUUCUAUUCUGUGUACUUAAUAAUUCGUUUUUAGAUGCAUACUACCCAGGUGAAGUAUGAUAUUAUUUAAAGUAUUCAAAUCAACAUUCUGUAUGGAAAUGGUCAGUGAUACAAUUUUUAAUCAAAGGAACAAAAUUGUAAUCAAAUUGGAAUAUCAGGCAUUUGCACAAAAACAUGCGACCCCUAUACAGCCAUGUAUCGAAUAUGUGAGUGUACUGUAUAUGUUGGUAGCUAUCUACCUUUGACGGAAAGGUGACGAUAAUGUUUCAAUAUUCCUUACUUACUGAACUUGAAUAAGCGACUGUUUCAUGCAAUUUUUAGUGUUAUUGAUAUUACAUAAAUAAUUGCAUUAUUUAAAUUGGAACAAUCAUCCAAUAAGUCAACUGUAUGAGUUUGCACAGUCGCAAAAGAGGAGUAAUAAUCUCUUUUUAAGAUUUUUUUUUGCCGCAUUGACGCGAAAGUGUAGCAAAAAUUCAAGUACAUUGCUUAGUACCUUUAACUGUUGAAGACCUUCUCCGAUUUUUUGGAUGCUGAUAUGAGAUAAUUUGUAAUUGGAAUACUCAUAUAACAUAAGAAUAAGAUAAUAAUAAGAAGUUGCUUCGUACAUAGAAAUGGCAAGUAUUUUUGAAGAGUAAAGUAUUAGCUGAUAUAUUUUUUUUUGUCUCAAAGCAAGGAUGUAAUAAUAAUCGUAGGUCGCUACUUCAUAUGUGUGUCUUCGAGUGUACUGUUCCAUUGUUCAAUAAGUAAACAAACUCGGUGCAUUACAAUGUUGCUUAUCCCAAUGUUCUAACAAAUCGUGAUCCCAGGUAUCUGUAAGAGUAAGAAACAAUUGUCCAUUUCUUUGUUGGUAAAUAUGUGUCCAAGUUGAGUACGUUUUGUAAAUUAUUUAUAUGAGC